AUGAAAUUCCCAAAUACAUUGGAAAUCAAUGAAAAACUUUCGAAAAGAGUAUUUAAUGCGAAAUAUAAUAAUCAGGAAGUUAUACUUAAGUUAUUUACACCUAACGAUUUGGAUAGUUAUGCCGCCCAAAUAAAGCAUGUUUUUAAAGAGUAUGAAGGCACAGAUUGUGAUUACCUGGAGACAUCAUUGGAUGACAGAGUUUCAUAUUGCGUAAAGAUACAUUACUUAAUUCAAAGGAGAUUGGGAAUAUCUAUGACGUCGGAGUACUAUUGCAAAGAAAAGCAGGGCUGGGUUUUUGAGACAAUAAUAGAAGAUAAAAAAGAUUGUCCAGACUCUUCUCAAUCCAUAGAAAGUACAUCUGAAACUUUUGAUGAUGUUGAAAAUUCCUUUGUACAGCUGAUUCAUGUCUUUGGCGUAAAAUUUGAUAAGAAAUCUCAAGUUUUUAUUUCCCAGGACCAAUUUAUUGGUCUAAUAUUCCCUAAGCUGGGACAGCCCUUAAUGAAUUUUACGCAAAACCACGGAUGGGUUCCGAAUCCUAUAUAUCUAUCUUCUGUAUUUAAUGGUGAGUUAUUUAUUGCUCAUAUCUUUAAGGUGGUUGUAAAUUCUGCUUUAUUUCUUUUGAAAGAGUUAAAUAUUGUCCAUAAAGAUAUUAAAAUUGAAAACAUAUGCACUAAAUUAGACUACUCAAAGCCCAACAAAAUACAUCCUAUACUAAUUGAUUUUGGUGAAUCUCAGAUUUUAAGUGAAAAUAAAAAACUCAGAGAUGCAUAUGGAACUCAUACAAUGUUGCCUCCUGAGGCAUUUUUAUGUUCACUUUCUUCCCACAAUAAUGAGAAAUAUACAGGUUAUUCGGCAGAAAAAAGAGAGGUUUGGUCUCUCGGCUGUCUACUUCAUACUCUAGUUUUUGGUUAUCCACCUUAUUUUGAGAUAUUUUCAAAAAAAUCUCCCAUAGAGUUUCAAUUGAACUUAUGUGAUAAAAACAAAACUAUCAAUAUUCCCAGUUACUCAACUGUACUAAAUGCAGAUAUCUCAUGCGAACUAAGAGACCUUCUUAGUAUUAUACUAGUCAAAGUUCCUACUAAUAGGCCCAGUCUUGAAGAUAUUUUAGUACAUCCCUGGCUUCAGACUAAGUCCUCAUAG